ACCAGAGGGGAGGAGUUGGAACAGGUUGUGUCCAGGGUGAGAUGGAUCUGCGGUGAUAUUUCCUGCCUGUUUCCUGACUCUGGACAAGUACAGGUUCUGAAUGGAUGGCAGUGUAGAACUGGAUCAGCAGUUCCUUAGUUGUCGAUCGAGCACCAUGGGAAAGAAGAGUCGAGUGAAAACUCAGAAGUCGGGCACGGGAGCCAGUGCUGUAGUUUCCCCCAAAGAGAUGAUGAACCUCAUCUCUGAACUGCUUCAGAAAUGCAGCAGUGCAGCACCUUCCACUGGCAAAGAGUGGGAGGAGUACAUCCAGAUCAAAGGCUUAGUGGAAAAGAUCCGCAAGAAACAGAAGGGUAUGUCCAUAGUGUUUGAGGGCAGCAGAGACGACUACUACCCAGACCUGAUGUCCUGGGCUCAGGAAAACAGGGCGUCCUGUGACGGUUUCACAGUGACCAACUUUGGGACGGAGGGCUAUGGCCUGCGGGCCACCAGAGACAUCAAGGCAGAUGAACUAUUCCUGUGGAUUCCCAGGAAGAUGCUAAUGACGGUGGAGUCGGCCCAGAACUCUAUACUGGGUCCGCUAUACAGCCAGGACAGGAUCCUACAGGCCAUGGGCAACGUGACGCUGGCCUUCCACCUGCUGUGUGAGCGGUCCAAUCCUGCUUCAUUCUGGCUGCCGUACAUCCGCAGUCUUCCUCAGGAGUACGACACACCGCUGUACUACCAGCAGGAUGAGGUGCAGCUGCUGCUGGGCACACAAGCAGUGCUGGAUAUCCUGAGCCAGUAUAAAAACACUGCACGCCAGUAUGCUUACUUCUACAAACUGGUGCAGACUCAUCCCGCUGCCAGCAAACUGCCCCUGAAGGACAACUUCACAUUUGAUGAUUACAGGUGGGCCGUGUCCUCGGUCAUGACUCGCCAGAACCAGAUCCCUACUGAGGACGGCAGCCGGGUCACUCUGGCUCUCAUCCCCCUCUGGGACAUGUGUAACCACACAAAUGGACUGAUCACCACCGGCUACAACCUGGAGGAUGAUCGCUGUGAAUGUGUGGCACUGCAGGACUACAAGGAGAACGAACAGAUCUACAUCUUCUAUGGCACAAGAUCCAAUGCCGAGUUUGUCAUCCACAACGGCUUCUUCUUCCAAGACAACGCCCACGACCGAGUGAAGAUCAAGCUAGGUGUUAGUAAGAGCGAGCGCCUCUACGCAAUGAAGGCCGAAGUGCUGGCGCGAGCUGGCAUCCCAGCGUCCUGUAUCUUUGCUCUUCACUGUAAUGAACCCCCCAUUUCAGCCCAGCUCCUAGCCUUCCUCAGAGUCUUCUGCAUGACAGAGGAGGAACUGAAAGACUAUCUGCUCGGAGAUCGUGCCAUCAAUAAGAUCUUCACCCUGGGCAACAGCGAGUUCCCUGUCAGCUGGGAGAAUGAGAUCAAGUUGUGGACUUUCCUAGAGACCCGAGCUGCUCUGCUGCUCAAGACCUACAAGACCACAUCAGAGGAGGACCGCUCCAUGCUUGAGAAACCUGAUCUAUCUCUCCAUUCUCGCGUGGCGAUCCAGCUCCGCCUGGCCGAAAAGCAGAUCCUGGAGAAGGCGUCGGCCAGCGGACGGGCUAAACGUCUGCACUUCCAGAAGAAGCUGGAAGAGGGCGCUCCGUUGCCUCUCUACGAGGAAAACGAUAUCGCUUUGCUGGAGAAUACUGACGCAGAUGCAAAGCUUCCUAUUAUCCUGCGCAAGCUGGAGGAGGUAGAAGAAGGCCAGGAGAUCCAGGUGGAGGAGCACAGUCACCUCCUGAAUGGGGAGAAGGCAAUGUAUGAGAUGGGUAUGGAAGCUAAUGGACAGGAGGAGGAUCAGGAGAAGGUCAGCAGAGAUGUUAAUUCAGCUUUGGACUUGAUUGGAAGUUCAACCCAGAAGGGCCAAAGGGAAGUGGCUAAUCUAAGUGCCAGUCGAACUGAAGAUAAUCCCAAAGAGAACAGUGAAUAAGCAUAACCCACUUACUGCCACAGCCUAUGCUAUUUAUUAAUUUUUGUGUCUCUUAAAUUAAGAAAAUAUAGAAGCUGAAAAAAAUUGAAUUCAAAGUCACUGAACUUUUCCGACUGUAUCUUCAUCCAGUGUGGCUUUUCUAAGUUGUCCACUGCUGGACAAAAAUGCUGCCAGUGUGUCCCUCAGCCUUCUCUUCAUAACAGGAUUUGAUUAAAAUUAGCUUUUGUUUUAAGUUUGAAAUGUAGGUUUACAUUGAAACAUUUUGAGGCCUACAGCAUUGGAAAAAAGCAAGAGGGGACACCACAAACUGGUUCAAAUUGUUAGGUGAAGAGAAAAAAAACUAAAUGGAGUGAGGUGAAUGUUAUUUCCGCAAAGCCAAAAUCCCUCUACUCUUUUGAAUUGGUUGGUUUAUUACUGCAGUUUGUCUCCAUAUAUGUCCAGUAUGUUUUGAGUUGACAAUCGUAUUCUCUAGUGCAUUUUGUGGUGUGCUACUGAGUUAAGACCACCACUGCCCUCUAUUCCCUGUUUCCCUCAUCUCAAGCUAAAUAAUUAAUAAAAAACAUAAUAUGCUCUCAUUAGCCUUUGAGAAUGCUUGUUUUAAAUUGAUUGUAACUGUUGUGGUUCAGUAUGACAGGCCAAAAUGGAAAAUGGUUUUGCUUUCUCAAUGAAACCUUUUUUAUUUUUACCAUCAAAACGUGCAUUUUCUAUCAUUACGUAGUUGCAGCCCUCAUUAAGAAACAUGUUUAUUUUGUGUUUAAAAAGUAUCUUUAUGAAUGUACUCAAUUUACAUUGCAGUUAAUAUACGCAUAUAUGCCGCCAAAAGGGAGUGAUUAGUGACCCGGUGAUCACUGUUAUUGCCCCUGAGAAAGCCAUAUACAGCACUGAGGACUUAGUGAGACAUGAUGAUGAUGACGACGUUGUCCUGUUGGAAACUUUUUGUUUGACUGCCUUAAAAUUAGGCAAUUUCAACAUGACACUAUUUGUAUGAAAAACAAGGAAGCAGUUUGUAUUAACUGUAAGGGUGGCCCCAACAAUUCUGACUCUGUAUACUGAUACAAAUAACUGAUACUGACUAAAUCCCUGACAGUCAAUGCAGCGUAGGGGAAAAAUUUGCAAUUUUGGCAAGUUAGAACAUUUUACCUUAUUGCGUACUUCCUGUUUAAACCACUGUCUCACCUCAAUUUCUCACCCAUUGUGUAUAGUUAUGGGUGAUGAGGUGGAUGAGGGACUUUGUGCUUCAACUGUACUACAGUAAUUUAGGGUCACAAUUUUGUUUAUAGUGCUGUUGUGUGUGGCUCACUUUUAUGUACACGAUAAUGAUGAUUGAUAAAGUUUGACAAAAUAAUAAAGUCAGUGUCCAAUUA